CUGUGGGUGAAUCAUCGAGCUUCAGAAUUCGGAACUUUCUGGACAUCACCAGCAGUUCACCGUCUUCCCCAUGGCUCCAACAGUGCCCUUCCCACUCCUAGCCUUGAACAAAUGAACAGGGAAGGCAAGGUGCACGCACGCAUGCGCGUCCACGGUCAGUCAUCGAUGAUGUCAUGAGCACCGUGCAAGGUAAAAUCGUUGGUUCGCAAUUGCCUUCUUCCCGAAACCGACGAUGAUUUCAUCUUGUGCUUAUCGGACCGUCGCAAUCGGUGGCUGACGACAAGCUCGCCGCCCCCUCGGUGACAUCGCCGGACCCUUCAGAAAGCUCCAAGUGCGUGACGGCAGAGUAGCUGUUGGCAUCGAAGCUCCCUCCAAUGUCCGUGCUGCAGCCGCAGCAUAUAUGUCGAAUCCGACACGGCCGAAAUCUGAGCAGCUUCGCAGGGUGCGUCGAGUCAGUUUCACAUUCGGAUGGCGAUGGCCAUGGGCGGCGGAACGACGGGGCUGCUGGUCGGCGCUGCGCUCGCCGUGGUGCUGGUCCCGUGGCUGUGGGCGGCGCUGGUGCACCUGGUGUGGCGGCCGCGCGCCGUGGCGCGGGCGUUCGCGCGGCAGGGCGUCCGCGGGCCGCCGUACCGCUUCCUGGCCGGCAACAACGCGGAGGUGAAGGCGAUGCGCGCGGCGGCCGGCGGCGAGACGCUGGACAGGGGGUCCCACGACGUCGUGCCCCGCGUGCUGCCGCACUACCGCGCGUGGGCGUCGCGCUAUGGCAGGGUGUUCCUGUCGUGGGCCGGCCCGACGCCGACGCUGUGCGUGGGCAGCUACGACAUGGCGAGGCGGGUGCUCUCCGACAAGGCGGGGCUGUACGUGAAGCCGGACCCGGGCCCCACCAUCCUGGCGCUGCUGGGCGUGGGCCUGGUGUUCGCCGAGGGCGAGGACUGGGCGCGCCACCGCCGCGUCGUGCACCCGGCGUUCGCCAUGGACAAGCUCAAGAUGAUGACGGGCGCCAUGGCGGCGUGCGCGGGGGAGGUGAUCCGGGCGUGGGAGGCGCGCGCGCGCGCCGCGCCGGGCGUCGAGGUGACGGUGGAGGUCGGGCAGCAGUUCACGGAGCUCACCGCCGACGUGAUCUCGCACACGGCGUUUGGGAGCAGCUACCGCCGGGGCAAGGAGGUGUUCCAGGCGCAGCGGGAGCUGCAGCACAUCGCGCUCGCCGCCAUCGGCAGCGUCCGCGUCCCGGGCAUGGAGUACGCGCCCACCAAGGCCAACGUGCGCCGGUGGCAGCUGGAGCGCACGGUGCGGGACACGCUCAUGGCCAUCAUCCACGAGCGCCUGGACGCCGCCAGGGAGGCCCGUGGCUACGGCACAGACCUGCUGGGCCUCAUGCUCGAGGCCAACGCCAGCGGCGGCAAGAGAGUGAUGAGCAUGGACGAGAUCAUCGACGAGUGCAAGACGUUCUUCUUCGCCGGGCACGACACGACGGCGCACCUCCUCACCUGGGCCAUGUUCCUCCUCGGCACGCACCCCGAGUGGCAGCAGCGGCUCAGGGAGGAGGUGCUCCGUGAGUGCGGCGGCGCCGGGACGCCCCUCCACGGCGACGCCCUCAACAAGCUCAAGCUCGUGACGAUGGUGCUGUACGAGACGCUCCGGCUGUACGGCGCGGUGAGCAUGAUCGGGCGGGUGGCGACGGCGGACGCGGACCUGUGCGGCGUGAAGGUGCCCCGGGGCACCGUCCUCGCCAUCCCGAUCGCGAUGCUGCACCGCGAAGAGGAGGUGUGGGGCGCGGACGCCGGCGGGUUCAACCCGCUCCGGUUCCGCGACGGCGUGGGGCGGGCGGCGGCGCUCCCGGGCGCGCUGCUGUCCUUCUCGUCCGGCCCGCGGUCGUGCAUCGGGCAGGACUUCGCGAUGCUGGAGGCGAAGGCGACGCUGGCGCUGGUCCUGCGGCGGUUCGCGUUCGGGGUGGCGCCGGAGUACAUGCACGCGCCGACCGACUUCCUGACGCUGCAGCCGCUGCAGGGCCUCCCCGUCGUGCUCAAACUCUUGGACCCGUAGAAGCAGCGGCAUACUUGUAUCAAAUACUGUAGCAGUAUGAAGUAUGGAUCAUCAUUAGCUGAUAAAUAAUUUCAGGUGAAGUCAACAAAUCGGGACUCAGUCAAAACAAUGAAUUUCAGGUGGUUCACAUCCUGCACUAUUGGACCUAAAAAAUACGGUUCAUUACUUCAAGGCAGUGACAAAUUUCAGUGACAAAUAGUGGAGUCUGGAAGUGGAAACUGAUGCUACCAUG